AGUGCAGGGCCACGACCAGAGCUCACAGCCUUGAACUCCUGGGCGCCCGGGACCCUUCCGCCUCAGCCUUUGGAGUCGUCCUGGGGUUACAGACUGAGCCACCACGCCUGGCUGGAUGGUUAAGAGUUGUUUCUAACUAAAAAAGGAAGGCUCAAAAAUAAGAUUAAUAGAAACGCUAGAGAAACGAGAUAAACUUUCUUUAAUCAUCAUAUAAUCUGAAACUACCAAAAGAGGAUCGUGAGCUUUUAUUAAUAUUUUUUUGAGACGCAGUUUCACUGUUGUCCAGGCUGGAGUGCAAUGGCGCAACCUUAGCUCACGGCAACCUCCGCCUCCCGGGUUCCAGUGAUUCUCCUGCCUCAGCCUCCCGAGUAGCUGGCAUUACAGGCGUCUGCCACCACACCCAGUCAAGAGAAAGAAGCACUGAAGAGUCAUAAUUGUGUCCUGAUUUAUAAAUCGGAGACAGAGGGAGACGAAAACCACACUCCAGAAAGUAGCUUAAUCGGACUCACUACUAAGAUGUUAAAAGUGAAGAGGCUGGAAGAAUUCAACACGUGUUAUAACAGCAACCAGCUGGAGAAAAUGGCCUUUUUUCAGUGCAGGGAAGAGGUGGAGAAAGUGAAGUGUUUUCUGGAAGAAAAUUCUGGGGACCAGGAUUCAAGAUCUGGACAUAAUGAGGCGAAGGAGGUGUGGUCAAACGCCGACCUGACGGAAAGGAUGCCCGUCAAAAGCAAAAGGACAUCAGCCCUCGCAGUUGACAUCCCGGCUCCUCCGGCCCCAUUUGAUCAUCGUAUUGUGACAGCCAAGCAAGGAGCGGUCAACAGCUUCUAUACUGUGAGCAAGACAGAAAUCCUAGGAGGAGGGCGUUUCGGCCAGGUUCACAAGUGUGAGGAGACGGCCACAGGUCUGAAGCUGGCAGCCAAAAUCAUCAAGACCAGAGGCAUGAAGGACAAGGAGGAGGUGAAGAACGAGAUCAGCGUCAUGAACCAGCUGGAUCACGCAAACCUCAUCCAGCUGUACGAUGCCUUCGAGUCUAAGAACGACAUUGUCCUGGUCAUGGAGUAUGUGGAUGGUGGGGAGCUGUUUGACCGCAUCAUCGAUGAGAACUACAAUUUGACAGAGCUUGAUACCAUCCUGUUCAUGAAGCAGAUAUGUGAGGGGAUAAGGCACAUGCAUCAGAUGUACAUUCUCCACUUGGACCUGAAGCCUGAGAAUAUCCUGUGUGUGAAUCGGGAUGCUAAGCAAAUAAAAAUUAUUGAUUUUGGAUUGGCCAGAAGAUACAAACCCAGAGAGAAGCUGAAGGUGAACUUUGGAACCCCAGAAUUUCUCGCCCCUGAAGUUGUGAACUAUGAUUUUGUUUCAUUUCCCACUGACAUGUGGAGUGUGGGGGUCAUCGCCUAUAUGCUACUUAGCGGUUUGUCCCCUUUCCUGGGUGACAAUGAUGCUGAGACGCUGAACAACAUCCUGGCCUGCAGGUGGGACUUAGAGGAUGAAGAAUUUCAGGACAUCUCGGAGGAGGCCAAGGAGUUCAUCUCUAAGCUUCUGAUGAAGGAGAAGAGUUGGCGAAUAAGUGCAAGCGAAGCUCUCAAGCACCCCUGGUUGUCAGACCACAAGCUCCACUCCAGACUCAAUGCCCAGAAGAAGAAGAAGAAUCGUGGCUCUGAUGCCCAGGACUUUGUGACCAAAUAGUCUACAGGAGGCACCCAUUUGGAAGGAAAACUGCUGUGGUUGCUGCUGCUUCGAGACAUUUUUUUUGAAAAAUCAGCAGUUCUGAUGCCUUGACCCCUAUGAUGACUGGUAGUCUUAGCAGGGGGAGCCCUCGACCCUGAAUGUGAACUUGAACUGGAGUGCCUUUGCUGCGCUCAGAGGAACACCCAGCACUGCCGUCUGGUCUCAGGGCGCAAGCACAUCCCUGCACCCGGUGGUAGUGAUGUUGGGAAGAUGUUUCCCUGCCAUCAUGAGAUUUUUUACUCUUUUAAAAAAAUUUUUUUGAUCUUAGUCACUGGGGCAGGGGGUGCAUUAUGUCUGCUAUUUCUCAAAUGACUACAGCCAUGACACUUAAGAUUGAUUGGAGAUUUUAAAACUGGAGGAUGCAUUUAGAGGGAGAAAGCUACUUCCAGCCAUUAGACUAUGCCUUUGGAAGGGGCAAUUAGAUGGCCGGAGAGAAUUCUGACUCCCAUGCACCCUUGAAGACUUAGUUUCACAGACUCUGUCAUUUUGAUUUGGUCUGUGGUCACGUGACUACAAUGGAUAAAUAAUUUGUUUGCUGGAACAGAAGCCAUCUUUCAAUUCUCCAACAAGAGGCAUCAGCCACUGUGUCUUUCA